GAUUUGCUAGUUUUUGCUACUCGGACUAAUGUUACUGUCUCCAGUUUGAUGCUAGCGCAAUGGACUCAACAUUUAAAACUGUUUCACACUUUUCUGGACUCUAAAGUGGUCAGUCAUGUCGGUUCCCAUGGAAACGCAGCUUCAAAGUAUAUUCGAGGAUGUGGUGAAGACAGAGGUCAUCGAGGAGGCUUUUGCAGGGAUGUUCAUGGACACGCCGGAAGAUGAGCGGACCAAACUGAUCAGCUGUUUAGGAGCUUUCCGGCAGUACUGGGGCUCGCUCCCUCAGGACUCCCAUGAGCAGUGUGUGCAGUGGAUCGUACGCUUCAUACACAGCCAGCACAGCCCCAGGCGCAUCUCCUUCCUCUAUGACUGUUUAGCCAUGGCUGUGGAGACCAGCCUGCUGCCUCCCAAGUACACACACACACACACACACACACAGAUAGAUCUUUAGAUCUUUCUUACAGCAAUGUUACGUUUAUAUUAUGAUAGUUCCGUGAAGACAGUAGAACAGGUUAGUGUUAAUGUUCUCGUUCUGACUCAUUAGUGUUUCCAUAGCAACAGGUCAUUCACAGGGACGUGACCGGCGAAGAUGUUUCACAUUUAUGGACGAAGUCUUCACUGUCUGUCAGUAGGGCACUCUAAAUCCUUUAGUGUAGCACACAGUAGGGUAGGAGAAAAACAUACAUUCAUUUAAGUGCGUUGAAACUAAAUAAAUCAGAGCGUGAACUGAGAUCAUUCCAUCUUCCAGUAUUCCAGGGUAGUGCUGUUUUAAAUUUUCUCACUAAAUUCUCUCACUACAACUAGAAGGUUCUCAAUCAAAUGUGACUUUUUUUUUCUAACAUUAACGUUUGUAAGAUACCUGAAAUUAAUUCGUAGGAUUUAGAGCAGAUGUGUCUAAUAAAUACUCCAUCAUGGUCCAACCUGCGUUAAAUAUUAAAGAAGCACUCCCAUAGCGUUCCCAUAGUGUCAGCCAUGACGCAGUGUCAGUCAGGUAUCUUGAAAGGUUGAUCUAUUCAUGAUAAUAGACUUGACUUGAGCUUGACCUACUGGACUACUAUUACUUAAUUCAAGAUGAAGUGUUAGAACUUAUGUUUCAUACUCUUGGACUGUUUGGUUUUGGAGAAAACUGAAGUUACUUAACUAAGGUUAAGUUACUUUAUGAAGACACUAAUAGUCUAACAGUAACAGUCUUGUUACUACAGGAUUCAUCGCAAAAAUUCUCAAUUAAUAAAGGAAUAAAUCAAUGUUGUCUAUCUCACCCCUGUUCUUUAUUAUUAUAAAAACAAAGAAAAAAACACAUUACAUUAGAAAAGGAAUUAUAGUCAUGGAUUAUGAAGUCUGUAAAGCCAUUAAAGGAACUAUUAAAAAUGAAAAACCUUUUAGUUUCAUAUACCAAAUUCAAUUUUUAUGAAACUAGGAGGUAUCAGCUUUCUCCUUAGAUGUGACUAUGACCUUAAAACUAAACUCCCUGUUAAUUUACCUGCAUUCCAUCAACAGCUUUUACUUUAUUGGAAAUGAAGAUUAAUAUAAUCUUAUUUAUCCAUCCAAAGAAUUUUUUAAGAUGCUCUUUUGGUGUAGACUGUAACAGCUGGACAUUCUAUGAUGAACAGAUUGACACAAAUCAUUUAUUUUAUUAGAGUAAAUUUGCCUGUGCAUUUUGAGAAGAUUAGCAUUACUAAUUAUUCUGGAAUGUAAAAAUCUUUGUGAUAUUGCAAGAGAAAAUGUGAUCUUUGGCAUUUCUGUAAAAGCUAGAACACAUGACUUGGCAAUGAAUGUAAUAACUAUUCUUGAAAAGUUAUUUUUUCCACAAGAACAGAUUUCUGAAAAUGAAACCAAUCUUGUGUAUAUUUCAUAAAGAGUUAUAUCAGCACUUUUCAUCUGUGUAAUGAAUGGAGAAGAGGAAUGUCUGAGGAACUUGAACCUGCUGAGCAUCGCUUGCCAAGUUUUCUUUUUGUUGUUAUUGUUUGUGUGAUUUCUUUAAAUGGCUCGUCUGUUGCAUUGGAUUCAGGCUUUUUUUUUUGUUUGGUUAAUUUAUUUAAUUUUAAUGUAAUUUUUUCUGUUUAAUUAAAAACAAAUAAUAAAAAAUUAUUAAAGUUG